UGUGAACUCUUCAGUGAUUGGUUUGCAAACUUUAGUUUAGAAACACAUAUGCCUGGUGAAACCGCUCCCCUUACUAUCUCUUCCCUUGAAAGCAUUGUGUUCACUAAUCAGUUAAUAGUACAAGCAAUUAAAAGCCUUAAACCUUCCACUAGUACGGGACCGGAUGGCCUAGCUUCGAUAAUUUUCAAAAACAGUGGGUGUGAUAUACCCUUGUUACUUCUUAAAUUCUUCUCAAUAUCUAUGGACACUGGCACUUACCCUAGUGAGUGGAAAACUAGCUUCAUAAUUCCACAUUACAAAUCUGGUGAUAAGGCAAACGUCCGCAAUUACAGACCCAUAAAUAUAACCCCAGUUAUCUCACGAAUCAUGGAGAAAGUUGUAAAGAUCAAUUGUCAGACUACCUAAUUAGGGAAGAUCUUGUUACAAGGUCUCAACACGGAUUUCUCAAAAAUAGAUCCUGCGUUACUUGCCACUUCGACUUUUUCAACUGCAUCACUAGUAGUCGCGAAGCACGUAAGCUAGUCGUUGUUCU